AGCGCCAGAGACCAAUUCCCCCCACUUGUAGACAUCCCAGGUGCGAGCGCCCUUGCACUCAGAUCGUUCAGCAACCAGUUAAGGCAAUAUGAAAACAGAAAUUCGGAAGGCCACUUAAAAAAAUGGAUAGGAGAAUUAAACCAAGAGUUCAGCCAAUUUAAAGAUAUAAAAAUUAAAGAAAUAGAAAAAACAGAAAAACAAAAAGAGGAAGCUUGGGAUCAUUGGCUCACUAUCCUGGAACCAGAAUGGGUUACUUUUAGCAACUUCAUUGAACAAAAAAAAGAUGGCUCCAGAAAAAGGAAGAUGAUUGGGCUGCAUGGAUAAAGGAGAUGGAACAAAAAUGGAUUAAUUAUAAAAAAAGAAAGGACAGAAAAUAUAUAACCAAAUAUAGAGAUGGUACCUUAGACUGCAGUGAGCGCGAAUGGAACAUCAUGAUGAAAAAAGAAGUAGAAGAAAAUAUGAUCGCUGAUUAUAAAAAAUGGAUGAGAGAUGCUGAAGAAAAUUUUAAUAAAUGGAUAUCUAAAGAUCUCGAUAUAUGGAAGAGAAAAAAAUUCGAUGAAUGGUUAAAUGUAGAAUGGAAAAAAGAAGAAGAUGCCCACUGGGAAAAGGAUUCUAAUACACCUUAUGCAGACUCCAUGAAUCCAUUAUUCCCAGUAAUUAAAAAAUCCUUCGAUAUGUACAGUGCUAGAAAAAAGAGAGAAAAGGAACACUGGAACAAGCUAACUGAGAAUAUUGGAAAAACUCUUACCAAUAAAAAGUACAUUGAAUGGGAAAAUCUGAAAAGAAGCAAAAGCGCUUGGUAUAACGAAUGGAUGGACUUCUUCCUCCAAGCAUGCUUAAAUUCAAAAGUUAGAAAACAUAGAUCCAGUCGC